AUGUCAGAUACAACACCAACUGACAAGCCAGCUGCAGCUGCAACUGCAGCUACUACUACCAAAACAAAACCUCCUAAGAAAGGAUGGUCAAAUCCUGCCCUUCGUAUGAUGGGUAUCCCUCGUCUUUCAUUGCCUUCCCGUAACUGGAUGAUUUUCUGGACUGUCCUUGCCUCAAUUGGUGGGGGAAUAGCCUAUGACAAGUACCAACAAAAGCAAAUCAGAGCUAAAUGGAUGGAAAAAGUCGAGCCUUUGAGCCAUGUCACAUACACUACAGAAAAGUUGCCUCGUAAGUUAACUAUCUAUAUCGCUCCUCCACCAAAUGAUUUUUUGGAUGAGUCUUUGAAAUUGUUUAAAAAGUUCAUUAAACCAGUGUUGAAUGCCAGUGCUUUGGAUUUUGAAAUCUUUAGCGAAACAAGACAAGGGGAUAUCAGAUCUGCGGUUGCUCAAAGAAUCAGAAAUUUAAGACAAGCUCAACUGGAGCAACCAACUGAACCAGAUGUGAAACCGGUUGUUCCCGUGUCUAGUGGAGACGCCGAAGAAGUUCUUGUCAGUCGCUCCGACUUGUACAAAGCCAAAGACGUAUUAGGGUUAUACAAGAUCUUCCCUAGUGAGGUUGAAUUACAUCCAGAAGAUUCAGACCUGGACAUUGCCGGUGGUGUCGUUUGUAUUGGCCGUGGGGCAUUCAAAGAAUACAUCACCGGAUUACAUGAAGGGUUAUUAGGUCCAUUAACCAAACCACAAUUUGUUAUUGACGAAGAGUUGAAAGCAGAACAAGAAUUAAAAGAAAAAGCCGAACAAGAAGAUUCCGACGAUGAAGAACCAAACUUGAAGCCAGUCCCUAAACCAUGGAUCAAGCCAGAACAAUAUGCAGAAGCUUCCUUCGCCCCAGAAUUGGACAUUUCUCGAGUCGUUAAAACCAGUGAAGGAAUUCCCGAAUUUUUCGAACAACCAAUAUAUGUAUUCAAAGUGCCAAACUUGAUUGGGUUCACCACCAUCCCGCUUAAAAUUUAUAGAUACUUCACCAAGAGAUGGUUGGCCGAUGACUACGGGGCAAAGGCAACGGGUGUUGUCAUGAACAAAACUAGACCAUUCACCAAGGACGAUCUUGAUUUUGCCGCCGAUGAAGAGAAAGAAUGGCCCAAGAAAUGGGUUAAAACUGGUAAAGAACGUAAUUCAGAAUGGGUUCAAGAUUUACAAGCUGAUGAUAGAAUUAUCUCAAGAUUAAAAGUAUUUGAUGUUGAUUCAGAUUUAACCACUUCCAAUGAGUAA